UCCUCAGACCCAGAGAUCCUCUGUGAUGGCCCUUGUUGCCCUAGUGGGGAGCAUCAUCCUGUUGUUCCCGCUGAUCUUCAGGGCGUCCACGUGGGCAUGUCUCCUCUGCUUCACCACCUACGAGGAACGCCUCCAUCUCUGCCAGAUGUUUGUGGACACAGAGGGCCCCAAGCUGAGCCAGUGUAAAGAUGCUCUCACAACUGCCUUUGAGGGUCUCUCAGACACGGAAAUCAACUAUGAUGAGAGAAGCCACCUGCAUGAUGCAUUUACACAGAUGAUCUUCUCCCUCCAGGAGGUGGCUGCAACUCAGGGGUCCUUUAAGGCCGCCUUCCCCAGUGCUGCAGCAAAAAUGAAGAGGACCAUAAAACAGCUUAAAAAAGUCCAGGACUGCAUCCCUCCUUGUGGCGUCCAGGAGGUCACUAGGCGUUUCUACUGCUGGGGUUGCUUUUCCACAAUCUGCGACCUCCCUCUGGACUGUCCAGUUCGGGAUGUAACGGUGAAGCGAGGGGACCAGGCUUUGUUUUCUUGUGUCGUGGGCUUCCAGUUGCCAGAAUCAGAGAUCACUUAUUCCUGGAAAUUCGCGGGAGGAGGUCUCCGAACUCAGGACGUGUCCUACUUCCGUGAUGUACCAGGAGCCCACGGGUACCUGGCGCGGAUUCGGCCAGUGCAACCCACGCAUCGCGGGACCUUCUCCUGCGUGAUUCUGCACGACCAGCGUCCCCUGGCUCGGCUCUACUUCUAUCUGAACGUGACCGGCCCUCCUCCGCCUGGGGAGACUGAGCUCCAGGUCACGUUCCGGGAAGUGAUGCAUUGGACGCCGCGGGAGGCGGAAAUGAUCGAGCCCUGGAGGCCCAGCCUACGCGAACUGCUUGCCAGGCCCCGGGCUCUGACGCUUGGCAACCUGUUCCUGCUCGCAGCAAUCGCUGCACUCUUGUCUGCUAGUGUCACUGUGCUAGUAUGGUGAGUGCCAGCUUCCACCUUCCCCUCCCCCAGCACCCUUUGUCCACACCGCAGGCCUCCGCCCCCGACCCGAUCCAGGAGUCCAUUCAGGCUCCAUCGGUCCUCCAACCCCAGACCCCACCCUCCUUCCUCACUCGUACUAAGGUCUUCUCUCAGACUCAGGAAUCCAGUUCCUAGAUUGCCUUCCUCAGACUCGGUACUACCCUCCAGUCUUCCUUCAUAUGUAACAUAGCUCCCACCCUCUAGGACCUAGGAGGCCUAACCCUUUUUUUGUCAAAUCCAGGAGUGGAAGUCCUAGCCCUCCUUGCUCACGCUGAGAAAUCCAGGUCUCUGUCCUUAUGUCUCAUAACCUAGUUUUGGCCCUGACAUCAGGCCUCCCUCCCUUGCAUUAUGAAACCCAAAUGUGUUUCUAUCACUGGGCCCUCCAACAGCACACACUCCUUUGUUUUCCCAGGGUGUUUUUUCAAUGGUACUUAAGCGGCAACUAACAAGGGUGUCUGCCCAGAUUUGACAUUCAUCCUUGAAAUAAAGAAUAUAUUUCAGUU